AUGUCGGCGGUUAUGAUAACGCGAAAGGUGCGGAAAUGGGAGAAGCUCCCCGGGAAGAACACCUUCUGCUGCGACGGGAGGGUGAUGAUGGCCCGGCAGAAGGGGAUCUUCUACCUGACCCUGUUCCUCAUCAUCGGAACCUGCUCCCUCUUCUUCGUUUUCGAGUGUCCGUACCUGGCCGUCCACCUGUCUCCUGCCAUCCCAGUUUUUGCCGUGCUGCUCUUCCUGUUCGUCAUAGCCAUGCUGCUGAGGACGAGCUUCAGCGACCCCGGGGUCCUGCCGCGGGCCCUUCCCGAGGAGGCCAACUUCAUAGAGAUGGAGAUCGAGGCAGCCAAUGGGAACGUCCCGUCUGGGCAGCGACCUCCACCUCGGAUCCGUAACGUUCAGAUCAACAACCAGAUCGUCAAGCUCAAGUAUUGCUACACCUGCAAGAUCUUCCGGCCUCCGCGAGCGUCUCACUGCAGCAUCUGUGACAACUGUGUUGACCGUUUUGAUCACCACUGUCCGUGGGUGGGCAACUGCGUGGGCAAGAGGAACUACAGGUACUUCUACCUGUUCACCCUGACGCUGUCCCUGCUCACCAUCUACAUCUUCGCCUUCAACAUCGUCCACGUCGUCAUGCGCUCCGUGGAUCACGGCUUUCUGAACACCUUGAAGGAAACACCUGGAACUGUACUGGAAGUGCUGGUGUGCUUCUUCACCCUGUGGUCGAUGGUGGGACUGACUGGUUUCCACACGUACCUCAUCUCUCUGAACCAGACCACCAACGAGGACAUUAAAGGCUCCUGGUCUGGGAAGAACAGAGGCCAGAAUCCUUACAGCCACAAGAACAUCAUCAAAAACUGCUGCGAGGUUCUGUGUGGGCCGACCUACCCCAGCGUCUUGGACAGACGAGGGCUGAUGCAGGAGGAUUCGCCCGCUGCUGCGAACAGCGAAGGUCCCUGUUCCUUCGACAACCCAGUGGCACAAACUACGAAAACCACAGCUCCUCUCAUCCCCAACGAGCACACGCCUGACGACGUCAAGCCGAGCAUCGCAGCAGAGAAAAGCUCCGGCCCGAAAGACGACCAGCCGCCGGCCGCCAUGCUGCCGCCGCUGGCUUCCCCCGAGACCGAUGCUGAGACGUCCAUCGCCAAGAACCAGUAGCUGGACGGACCAGCAAUCUGUCGACUCAUGAACUGAAAAACAAUAAUAAUCAGCACCUGAUCAUAUGAGGGGUAUUCAGUUAACCUUUGACCUUUAACGGAUUGGAGCGCCUGCGCUUUUCCUGCAGAGACGUUUGACUCCUAGAAGAGAAGGAAAAUCAGCAGCUUCCCGUCUCCUGACCACUGCAUGGAAAAGACUCGCAGGAGAGAUGCUGCUCGGAGAGCCAACGCUGAUUGUUAGUCUGUUUGUUCAUCAUCUGAAACUGUCAACAUUUAUAUCCAGAGGCCAGUUCAGUUAUAGCAAGCAUCAGAGACGAAGGGUCUGAUUCCUGAACAUCGGUUGAAUCAAAAACACUGCAGAAACUCUAAAUCCUACCAAGUAUUUUAGAUUUUCUAGAGCAGAUAUUUUAGCCACAUG